GUUACAGCAUCAGUACUUUGCUUUAGAGCGAUGGCGCGCACGAAGCAGACGGCGCGUAAGUCGACGGGCGGGAAGGCGCCCCGCAAGCAGCUGGCCACCAAGGCGGCCCGCAAGAGCGCGCCGGCCACGGGCGGCGUGAAGAAGCCGCACCGGUACCGGCCCGGCACGGUGGCGCUGCGCGAGAUCCGGCGCUACCAGAAGUCGACGGAGCUGCUCAUCCGCAAGCUGCCCUUCCAGCGGCUGGUGCGCGAGAUCGCGCAGGACUUCAAGACCGACCUGCGCUUCCAGAGCUCGGCCGUCAUGGCGCUGCAGGAGGCGAGCGAGGCCUACCUGGUCGGGCUCUUCGAGGACACCAACCUCUGCGCCAUCCACGCCAAGCGCGUCACCAUCAUGCCCAAGGACAUCCAGCUGGCCCGGCGCAUCCGUGGUGAACGUGCAUAGGUCUACAACAUAACCGCUAAUUUUUAAAUUAUCCAACACAAAGGCUCUUUUAAGAGCCACUC